GUCUUGGAGAUCCCGGUCGUGGAAGGCUCCCCGCGGAGACCGUGGCACUGGAACCUGUGCCCAAGCGGCGGCUCCCGCAAGUGCAACUCCCGGCAGGCCCCGCGCAGCCCUCGGGCCGCGCGCUGGCGAUUUUGGCGCGCUGCAUUGUGGGGCGCGUAGUGCCCGGCUCCGCGCUCGUGGAGGGGGCCGGGCCCGCGGGAAGGGCGGCCCGGCGGGGGUUAGGAGCGCGGGCUGUUAGUCCGAGUAUCCAGGCGAAACCAGGCCUCGGGAGGCUGAGUGGUUUGUUGGGCGCCCCACGGAUUCGCGUCCCAGGGGCUCCCGUGGAGAACGUGUCCCAGCGGCACAGGCUGGCAUAACUUACCUGGAGCGGCUGAGACCCUGAGAUGUUCGGAGGGGGGUUUGUCUCGCAGACCCGCACAGCCUGCGUUUCAGCCAACCUCUGUGUCCGCCCGAGACCGGGAGUAGGCCAGCAUGCCUAAGAUAACCCUGAAUGGUGUGACAGUGGAUUUCCCUUUCCAGCCAUACAAAUGCCAAGAGGAGUACAUGAGCAAGGUCUUGGAGUGUCUGCAGAAGAAAGUGAACGGCGUUCUGGAGAGCCCCACGGGCACGGGGAAGACGCUGUGUCUCCUCUGCAGCACGCUGGCCUGGCGAGAGCACCUCCGAGACGCAGUCUCUGCCCGCAGAAUUGCCGAGAGGGUGUCAGGGGAACUCUUCCUUGACCGCGCCUUGGCGUCCUGGGGGAAUGCUGCCCUGGAAGGAGAUGUCCCAGCGUGCUACGCGGACGUCCCAAAGAUCAUUUACGCCUCCAGGACCCACUCGCAGCUCACUCAGGUCAUCAGUGAGCUCCGGAACACCUCCUACCGGCCCCGAGUGUGCGUGCUGGGCUCCCGGGAGCAGCUGUGUAUCCAUCCUGAGGUGAAGAAGCAGGAGAGUAACCACAUGCAGGUCCACUUGUGCCGCAAGAAGGUGGCAAGUCGCUCCUGUCACUUCUACAACAACGUGGAAGAGAAGAGCCUGGAGCCGGAGCUGGCCAGCCCCAUCCUGGACAUUGAGGACCUGGUCAGGAGCGGGAUCAGGCACAGACUGUGCCCCUACUACCUGUCUCGGAACCUGAAGCAGCAGGCCGACAUCAUCUUCACUCCCUACAACUACCUGUUGGACGCCAAGAGCCGCCGUGCACAUGGCAUCGACCUGAAGGGGACGGUCGUGGUCUUCGACGAAGCUCACAACGUGGAGAAGAUGUGUGAGGAGGCCGCAUCCUUCGACCUGACGCCCCAUGACGUGGCUUCGGGCCUGGACGUGAUAGACCAGGUGCUGGAGGAGCAGACCAAGGUGGCGCAGCAGGCCGACCUCCACCCGGAGUUCAGCGCGGACUCCGCCAGCUCAGGGCUGAACUUGGAGCUGGAGGACCUCGCGAAGCUGAAGACGAUCCUGCUUCGUCUGGAGGGCGCCAUCGACGCCGUGGAGCUGCCUGGAGGUGAUGGCGGUGUCACCAAGCCUGGGAGCUACAUCUUUGAGCUGUUUGCCGAAGCCCAGAUAACGUUUCACACCAAGGGCUGCAUCCUUGACUCCCUGGACCAGAUCAUCCAACACCUGGCAGGACGUGCAGGGCUGUUCACCAACACGGCAGGGCUGCAGAAGCUGGCAGACAUCAUCCAGAUCGUGUUUAGCGUGGACCCUGCUGAAGGUGGCCCCAGUUCCAUGGUGGGGCCGGGGUGUCAGUCCUACAAGGUGCACAUCCACCCUGAUGCUGGUCACCGGAGGACAGCUCAGCGGUCAGAUGCCUGGAACGCCACGGCGGCCAGAAAGCAAGGGAAGGUCCUGAGCUACUGGUGCUUCAGCCCUGGCCACAGCAUGCGGGAGUUGGUCCACCGGGGCGUCCGUACCCUCAUCCUCACCAGCGGCACUCUGGCCCCCGUGUCCUCCUUCACCCUGGAGAUGCAGAUCCCUUUCCCAGUCUGCCUGGAGAACCCACACGUCAUCGACAAGCACCAGAUCUGGGUGGGGAUUGUCCCCAAAGGCCCCGACGGAGCCCAGCUGAGCUCGGCCUUUGACAAACGGUUCUCUGAUGAGUGCUUGUCGUCCCUGGGGAAGGCACUGGGCAACAUCGCCCGUGUGGUCCCGCACGGGCUCCUGGUCUUCUUCCCUUCCUACCCCGUCAUGGAGAAAAGCCUGGAGUUCUGGCGGGCCCAUGACUUUGCCAGGAAGCUGGAGGUCCUGAAGCCCCUGUUCGUGGAGCCAAGGACCAAAGGAGGCUUCUCGGAGGUGAUGGAGGCUUUCUACACGAGAGUCGCUGCCCCCGGGUCCAGUGGCGCCGCCUUCCUGGCUGUGUGCCGGGGGAAGGCCAGCGAGGGGCUGGACUUCGCAGACGCGAAUGGCCGUGGAGUGAUCGUCACGGGCCUCCCAUACCCGCCCCGCAUGGACCCCCGGGUUGUCCUCAAGAUGCAGUUCCUGGAUGAGAUGAAGGGCCAGAAUGGGGCCCGGGACCAGUUCCUCUCCGGGCACGACUGGUACCGGCAGCAGGCGUCCAGGGCUGUGAACCAGGCCAUUGGGCGGGUGAUCCGGCAUCGCCAUGACUACGGGGCUGUCUUCCUCUGCGACCACAGGUUCAGCUCUGUGGACGCCAGAGCCCAGCUGCCCUCCUGGGUGCGUCCCCACGUCAAGGUGUAUGACAGCUUCGGCCACGUCAUCCGAGAUGUGGCCCAGUUCUUCCGCGUCGCUCAGAGAACCAUGCCCGUGCUGGCCCCCCGAGCUGCUGCUCCGAGUCUGGGCAAAGGAGAAGGCACUGCCUCGGUGGCCGUGUCACCCGGCCCUCUCCACACCAGGAAGGCCACGAGUCUGGAUGUGCACGUCCCUAGCCUGAGGCGCAGACGCACAGGCUUGCUGGUCGCCGGGGAUGCCGAGGGCAGCCUUUGUGUAGAGUACGAGCAGGAACCCAUCCGGGCCCAGCGGAGGCCCGUGGGGCUGCUGGCCGCCCUGGAGCACAGCGAGCAGCUGGCCGAGGGGCCUGGGGAUGAGGCCCUGCCUGCGGAGGACGAGGCCCUCCGCCACUCCGCCCCGUGGGGCCCUCGUGAGAAGAGACCAGCGGAGGAGCAGCGUGGCAGGCGGAGGAAGGUCAGGCUGGUCGUCGGCCCGGAGGGGCCAGAAGCCGGCGUGGACACAGGCGGGGCCAAGCUGUUCAUGGCGGCCGUGAAGCAGGCGCUGAGCCAGGCCAGCUUCGACACCUUUACCCAGGCCCUGCGGGAUUACAAGAGCUCCGAUGACCUCGCGGCCCUGGCCGCUCACCUUGGCCCCCUCUUUGCCGAGGACCCCAAGAAGCACAGCCUGCUCCAAGGCUUCUAUCAGUUCGUGCGGCCCCACCACAAGCAGCAGUUUGAGGAGGUCUGCCGCCAACUGACGGGCCGAGGCUGCAGCUCCGGGCCCGAGCAUGGCCUUCCGCGGAGGCGGGGAGCACAACCGGCCCUGGACCCCAGCGACCCAUCCCCUCCUUGGUCAUGCUCUGGAUCCUCAGGGACCAGCUGGGCGCCUCCUUGUCUCCGUGUUUCUUCAGGAAGGAGGGAGCCUGACCCCAAGCUGACCAUGUCCCAGGGUGCAGCCAGGCAGCUGGACCCCCGCGCACACCUGAACCAGGGCCGGCCCCACCUGGCCUCCGGGCUGCUCCCUGCAGGAGACCCCAGCCGCCGGCCUCCUGAGGGGUCUGGAGCUCCCGGAGCAAAGAAGCACCCGCCUGCCGUGAGUGCCUACUUGGCCGAUGCCCGCAGGGCCCUGGGGGCCAUAGGCUACAGCCAGCUCCUGGCGGCACUGACCACGUACAAGCAGGAUGACGACUUCGAGAAGGUGGUGGCCGUGGUGGCCUCACUCACCACUGCAAAGCCUGAGGACUUGCCCCUGCUGCAGAGGUUCGGCAUGUUCGUGCGCCCUCACCACAAGCAGCGCUUCCGGCAGACGUGUGCGGGCCUGGGCGCCCCGGCCCUGGGACCUCGGGAGGGGAGCCCUGCUGCGCCUUCUGACCCCACCUGCGGGGCUCGCGGGUCAGGCCCCUCACUGCCAGAGAAACCCCCCGGGAAGACCCAGAGCAAGAUCUCCUCCUUCCUUACGCAGAGGCCGGCUCAGGGGGCGGGGGCUCCCGGCCGGCCCCCCGGUGCCCCCUGCGGGCAGGCACAGUCCGAGUGGGUGGGCUUGGUGUGUCCUGGCUGCAGGGCGGAGGACGUGGUCCCCUUCCAGUGCCCCUCCUGCGACUUCCACUGCUGCCGGGCCUGUUGGCGACAGCACCUCCAGGUCUCUAGGACGUGCCCGGCCUGCCAUGCUGCCACCAGAAAGCAGAGCCUCACGCAGGUCUUCUGGCCAGAGCCCCAGUGAACAUUGAGACCCUCUGGGUGCUGCAGGGUCUGCAGAGGCUGAGGCUGCCCCUUCCUGGGGCGCAGCCUGGACACUUGCCUGUCGGCUGGGGGUGAGCCAGGCCUGAUACCAGAAACCCCUUGGCCAAGCGUGCACCUGACGGGGAGGCCAGUCCAGUGUCCGUGGGGAGCCCCCUGAGACGGCAGCAGGAUCUGGGCCCCCUGUGAGAGGCCCCGAGGCCACCUUGGGGUCUGGGGUGGGUCCACUGGAAGGUGCUUCCCCAGAACUUCCCUGACCACCAGCUUGUGGGUGGAGCCCCAGCAGGAAGGAGGGGAGGCCUGCACCUUCUGUCCCGGGGACCUUCCAGGGACCUGCUUGUUCCUCAGGGGCCAGGGUUCUAAUAAAGCUGCCGGCACUGCUGGGAA